CCCCGCCCCCAAGUCGAACUCGCGUCGGACUCGCUUUUAAAACGCUGGCGGGAAGUGCGCGCGUCUGUGUUUGGUGUGCACGCGGCGGGGGCGCGCAGAACGAGCCGAAAUGGUCAGGACGAAAGCAGAUAGUGUUCCUAGCAGCUACAGGAAAGCUGUUGCUGCUUCUGCACCCAGGAAGUCACUUGGUGCCUCCAGUUCAGGAAACUCCUCCAGCAGCAGCCCUCAGGCCUCCACCCCAGGGAAAAAUAAGUAUGCUGGUGGGAACCCGGUCUGUCCCCGUCCGACUCCGACGUGGCAGAAAGGCAUCGGGGAUUUCUUCGGAGGCCCUGGCAGAAAGCCGGAGAAGGAGAAUGUGCACCCCGUUAGUGAUGGAGAAGAGGCCGGGGGCAGCGGCAUGUCCAAAGCACCCAGGAAGUCCAGACCGCUUCCAGAUGAAGAUGAGGAAGAUUAGGUCUCCUUGUAUGAUUUAUUGAACUUGAUUGGUCAAUGACUUUUUUGGUCAUGAUUUUUAUUUUUUUUUUGUAUAUCUUUGUACAUAAAUAUUUUGAUGUUGCUUAAAUUGUUUUUUUGUACAGAAGUUUAAUAAACCUUUUUUAAAAGCCA